UUCUCCUAUUUUCACAUUUAUCUAAAUAUAUAAAUAAUAUUAUCAUACACAGUCACAGCAAUCAUGAAUACAAGUGCAUACGACGAUGCAAUCGUUUUCCAAGAACGGGAUCCCUCUGUCAUAAAGAAUAUUCUUGACAUGCUGUUGAAUGAAACCGAUAUAACAUUGAAAGAUCGUCGUGAAGAAGAGCAUCAGAUGAAGUCGAGUACUUUACUAAAAGAAACCUUUCAUUUCGUGACGGGCAGCGGAGAGGAAUUUAUUGUUCAUAGUGAAACCUUGGACGAUACUAAUAAAAUAAAAGUGGUAUCAAAUUUCGACCCAGCAGAUACUGCCACCAUGAAGCUGCUACUGUCGCUAGUUGGAGGUGGAAACGUUAAAUCGAUUACUAUUAGAAAACCUCGGAACCGAUUAUCAAGAUAAUAUGAGGUAUAUGUUAACGGAGCCGACCACUUCCUUAUGGUCAUCGGGGAAGGAAAAGAAUGUUAGUGUGGCAAACGUCGCUAUGACAACCGACUCUGCAUUUUCACGUUUGCAACGGGGAGAAGACUGUGUUAUUGAGAUGCGAUAAAAGUUAAGCCAAUCUGGAUUCAACUUAAGUGGUUGCGUAUGUUACCGUCCCUUUUGUUCAUAACAAGUGAGAGACAUCUGGGUUGGAGUUUUUUUGGUAGUUUGUAAGAAUUAGCGUGUAAGUGUUUAAAAUUAUUUUCUAUUUGUUUAUCUGGCUCUGUGUUUAUAUAUUGUCGUUAGUAUAAUUUUCUUGCUAUAAUUGUUAUAUUUUUGUUUAAUAUAGGAUAAGUUUACUAACCCCGGAAAAAAAAUUAAUAAACCAAUAAUUAGGCAGCGUAUGUUUUCGGAAUACUAUAAAAUUGUUAACGUUACCUUUUGAGAAACUACGGACGCACUGCUAUAUACCGACCCAGACCUCAAAAAGAGACCUUUUGCGUCCACCCCGGAACAUCCAUACCAGGUGUUGGGGCUUAUCAAAGGUUCCCUUAAGGAACCGUGAUUAAGUGCCCGGGCCAGCAGCAGCCGUACUUCUCAAACGGUAAUAUAUAAAAAAAAAACCCUUUUUGUAACGGAAAAACCGCAACGCUUAAAAGACGGAAAAAGACCGCAUUAAUAGCCAAACCCUGUAAAAUGUUCCCGAAAUAUUUGAACAGCCAAAAUUAUACCACUUCGAAGGGAUAUUUUGGCGGCUCAUCACUACUGCAUCCUGCACGUCAACGGGGGCGGGAGAGAGAGCAUGAAGAUCGCAGAAUAAUGGAAAGGGAGAGGAGAUGGUAAGUGAUGAUUGAAAUGAAAAGGCAGUCGAUGAUAGAUCAUCAAGCCAAGCGAACGCGAAAAAGUCAGGCCCUCGAAAAUCCGAUCGAGGACGGCGGCGAAAAAGUGACUUGUGCCGUGAAGAAUAUUUAAUUAGUAUAAAUCGCCACAGUGCUCUUUUCCUUCGAGAACCCACGGGAUCGAAGUAGCCAGUGUGGGACACGCCAGAAUAGAUCACCCAUCGGAACCACACCGUCAGCCCCGGCGAGGCCCUGCGUUCAGCUACAGGCACGGUUUUGAAGCAGUCGCUGAUGCUUGGGAACGGACCGAAGUACCCCGAUUUCCUCACCACCACCUUCAGCAAGAAUACGACGUGACACCCCUCGCCGCGGUGAAUCGACGCGCAUCUCCUAAGUGGUGGGAGAUUCUGGCCGACGGAACGUGCAGCACUUCAGGCGGCACACUAGCCGAACAACGUCAUCUUACGGCGGUUGAACCGUCACAUCGACUAAGCAAGAAGGUACGAUUCUCUCCUCUCCCUCCCCAAUAUACAUCAAUGGGCCCCAUCGAUUAACCGACAGUGCGGUACCGAUAUUCCGGAAUCGGGAAAUAAAGAAGUUCUAUUAUGUUAAUUCUGUUUCUUUCCAUUCAGAGCCAGUACUCCUUGCGUAGUUGUCUCUCGCUAAUUUCACCUCGUAAAAAGGGUAAGUUUCGGGUUGUUCGAGUCCUCCCUGAUACGGUUGCCGACCCUGAGUGAAAAUCUAAUUGAGCUAGUUGGGUCGAGUGUGUGAACCCGCACUUACAAUUGGCGAUCCUUCUAAAAAUAAAAAUAUUCUAAUCUUCAAUUAGAAUAUUUUACCCGUACUCAGGGAGACUCGAAAAUAAUUCGUCACGUGUCUCGAUCAUUUUCUUUAGAUUUCCCUCCUUGAGUUCCCACGUGAGAUGAAAACUGUUUGAACCAUUGGAGUAAGAAACCGCGUGUACAAAGUUUGUUGAAAGCCACGUUUAGUUGAUUGUGUUCCAUUGUUCCAACGCACCUCCUCGAAUUUCAUAGUGCUUGGGUUAGGAUCAUUCGGUCACGCUGUUUUCUUCAAAUAUAUUUCCAACAGUAGGACAGUCGAGCUUAGGGAAAGAGAUCAGUAUGUUUUCUAGAGAAAACGUGCUAAAAAGCUACGCAGAUUUGCGCGUAGAUUUUUUGGAUGGGGAUGAGUUAGAGGUGGAGCUCGCUAUGAGGGGUAUUAUUGUCACAGGGGAACCAACAAUGUCACGACUUCGGCGCAUGGUACGCGAUGCGAUGAAGCAAGAAAAGGGAAACGAGUAUCGCGAUAAAAUUUUGUUGGAAACGCCGGAGCAUGAAUUAGAAGUUUGCCAGGCUAAAUUAGAUAAAUUUGAAAUGUCGGCCAUGCUGAAUUCCAAUG